AUGUCUGCAUACAAUGAGCCCAAGCGGUUGGCAGAGUUCCUGUUGAAGCAGUGUCUGGAGCGUGGCGUUCACCUCCACCACCCGGCCAAGGCUAUCUUCGUCGGAAAGGAUAUGAGGAAUGAGCUCUCUAGCGUCCGCGUCGCCGACCUCACGUCGUCUACGGAAACUGACAUCCCGUGCACGAGGAUUAUUAUCACGGCCGGCGCAUGGUCCGCUCUUGUAUUCAAGGCGCUCUUUCGCACCUCGGACAUCACACUGCCCAUAGCCAGCUUGGCUGGACACUCUCUCGUCAUCAAGUCACCGCGGUGGGUGGAGGCGAUGGAAGAGAAGGGCCUCCACUCGGUCUACACGACCAGCUCCGCCGGGCACUCGCCGGAGAUCCUCGCCUGGAAGGGAGGACGGCUCUUCCUCGGCGGCGUAAACUCGGCCGAAAUCCCUCUGCCGGCGCUGGCUACCCAGAGCAAGGUUCUCGGCCCGUCCGUCGAGGAGCUGAAGCAGAUCGCCGCAGAGCUGUUGGCUUCGGAAACGGGGCACACCGACUACGAGAUCGUCCGACAGAGCCUGUGCUUCCGGCCCGUGACGCCUUGGGGGCUGCCCAUCAUCGCGGGGAUACCGGACGAGCACCUCGGCAUUGCGAUGGGUACCCGUCCCGGUGAGGAGGGCGGCGUGUUUGUGGCAGCCGGGCACGGGCCGUGGGGGAUUAGCAUGAGUCUAGGGACGGGUAAGGUGCUGGCUGAGCUGGUGCAGGGCAGGGAGCCGAGUGCCGACAUUAGCCAUCUGGGGCUGCGACAGUAG